GUCAACUCGUGCCAACAGCCUCGGCGUCUCCUCCCCAGCGCACCCUCAUUACACGGUCUGUCUGACCUCAUCUGUGCAUCUGCUCGCAGACGCUCCUGACAAGCCGGCAAUUGCUCCUUUUUCUCCCCGGCUGAAAAGAACGGAUUCCACCCCGCUUCUGCUCGGUCGCCCCCACCCCGCUCCCCAAGGAGGCUCCUGGCUUUAUGCUAGUUUGGGACUUCCUUCCCAGGCAGCCCGUCCUUGAUUCCUAGAAUGGAAGAAGCUGAGCUGGUGAAGGAACGACUCCAGGCCAUCACAGAUAAACGAAAAAUCCAGGAAGAAAUCUCUCAGAAGCGCCUGAGAAUAGAGGAAGAAAAACUAAAGCACCAGCACUUGAAGAGUCAGUCCCCUGGCACUUUGCCAGGCCCUGGGCUUGAGAAAGAGAUCCAAGGUCUUGAGAAAGCUGAACUGCAAAUCUCAACCAAUGAGGAAACAAUUUUAAAGAGAUUAAAAUCAGUUGAGAGGACAACAGAAGACAUCAUAAGGUCUGUGAAGCUAGAAAAGGAAGAAGCACCAGAAGAAUCAAUUGAAGACAUCUAUGCCAAUAUCCCUGACCUUCCAAAAUCCUACAUCCCUUCCAGGUUAAGGAAGGAACUAAAUGAAGGAGUAGAAGAUGAUGAACAAAGCAGAAAAGCUUUGUAUGCCAUGGAGAUCAAAGUCGAAAAGGACUUGAAGACCGGAGAAAGCACGGUUCUGUCUUCCAUCCCUGUCCCAUCCGAGGCCUUCAGAGGCGCGGGGAUCAAAGUGUACGACGACGGGCAGAAGUCCGUGUACGCAGUGAGCUCCAAUCACAGCGCAACCCACAACGGUACCGAUGACCUGGCCCCCGUGGAGGUCGAGGAUCUGUUAAGACAAGCCUCAGAGAGAAACUCCCAAUCCCCAACAGAGCUCCACGAGCCUGUGUAUGCUAACCCAUUUGGCAGGCCUGCCACCCCCCAGCGAGAAAAGGUGAACGCUGGGCCAAGUUUUCAAGAAAGGAUGAAGAUUAAGCUGAAUGGGCUGGGCAGUCAUGUAAACAAUGUGGACAACGGGCUUGCGGAGGAAAAGGGCAAUGGCCUCGGUCGUAGCAGCCCCAUCUCUCCAACACCUCAUCCUCGAUCCAAAAGCCAGCCAGAGGAGAAGAGAACCCACACCCCGCCAAAGAGGCUGGUGACCCCGCGAGCAGAAGCAAACACAAGACAGGACACAGACGCCUCCUCUCCAAAGGCGAGCGUGAGCCCCAGUGAACCGAGACUUGAGAAGGCAGUGCCCCAGGCUUCUUCACCCACUUGCCGGGAGGAGGAGGAGGAAGACGUGAGAUAUAGUAUCGUUCAUUCCCUGCCCCCCGACCUGGGGGAUGCGGAACCGGUCACAAUGCUUUUCAUGGGUUAUCAGCAGGCAGAAGACAAUGAGGAGGGAAAGAAGCUUCUGACAGGGUACGAUGGGAUCAUCCAUGCUGAGCUGGUGGUGAUCGAUGAGGAGGAGGAGGGGGAAGGAGAAGCUGAGAAACCAUCCUACCAUCCCAUUGGCCCUAACAGUCAGGUCUACCAGCCCGCCAAACCAAAACCACUUCCCCGAAAGAAACCAGAAGUCAGUCCCCAUGAAAAUACAAACCAUAAAUCUCCCCACAAAAAUUCCAUAUCCCUCAAAGAACAAGAAGAAAGCUUAGGCAACCCUGCCCAUCAUUCUCAGCUUGACGUUCAGAUGGCUGGAGAUGGGACUGAAGACCCAUCCUUAACAGCUUUAAGGAUGAGAAUGGCAAAGCUGGGGAAAAGGGUGAUCUGAAAAGAAUACCAUCUAAGUAAACCGCUAUUGGAGAAGAAAUUCAACUUGCAAAUUUCUCUUCUGGUUUUUUUUUGUUUCUUUUUCCUGAAAUCCAAAAACUUGUGGUAUAUAUUUAGUCAUGUGAAUAAGCAGUAGUUACUAUCUGUGAGAACUUCUAAAAACGCUGGGGAUAGCAAAUGCUUUACAUUUUCCAGUUACUUGAUAUGAUUCAGU